UGCUCUCAAUAUUUGGCCUAAUGUGAAUGAACAUUAUGGUUUAAUUUACUGCAUUGAGUUUCUGGCAAUUGAUGGAAAGAACAAUAUGUGGAAGAACUGUACCAAAAUACUUGGUUUGCCUGAGAAGCUUUUUAUGAAUUGCUUUAAUAGAGGAAAUGGAACAGAGCUUGGAAAAAAACAUAUUAGUGAAACAGCAAAACUAAACCCACCUCAUUCAUUUGUGCCAUGGGUGGUGGUGAACAAUCAACCUAUUAGAAAAGACUAUGCAAAAUUUACAUACUAUGUUUGCAAGGCUUAUAAAGGUGAUGCUAUUCCAGCAGCUUGCAAAGUUCAUUUGAAUGGGAAAUAAAUUCAACUAUUCAUAUUGUUAGUCAAGAAAAACAUUACAUCUAUGAUAUAGUAUUAAAAUAGAGACAUAGUGCCUAUGUACAUUUUCUAGUGGUUAUGUAAUGAAUAUAGGCCCGGAGAAUAAAAUAGGCCCAAAUUGUAGUCACUCAUGGAUUCUAUAUCUUUCCUCUCUAUUAGUGAGUCACUCAUUAUCUAGAAUGUUCUAGAUAUCUCUUUA